AGCUGAUUGAACUUUGGGCCGCUAGUGAGUUAAACGCUAUCAAAGGAAGUGAGCUUUGACCAAACCUUGCUGCUGGCUCCCUAAGGCUCUGGGCUUCUGGCAAUAAAAAAGAUCGCAAAACACCAGCAUGUAGGACAGAGAGUUCCAACCUGAGCAGAGGUGUUUGGACAGCUAUGGCCUCAUCUGACACUCAAGGGAAAAGAGUGGCUGUUAUCGGCGGUGGUUUGGUUGGAGCAUUGAAUGCGUGCUUUCUUGCAAAGAGGAAUUUUCAAGUUGAUGUGUAUGAAGCCAGGGAAGAUAUUCGAGUGGCUCAGUUUACACAAGGAAGAAGCAUUAACUUGGCCCUUUCUUACAGAGGACGGCAGGCCUUGAAGGCCAUUGGCCUGGAAGAUCAGAUCGUUUCCAAAGGUGUGCCCAUGAGAGCGAGAAUGAUCCACUCUCUGUCAGGAAAGAAGUCUGCAAUUCCCUAUGGGAACAAGUCUCAGUAUAUCCUUUCCAUAAGCAGAGAAAAGUUAAACAAGGAUCUACUGACUGCGGUGGAGUCAUACCCCAAUGCGAAGGUGCACUUUGGCCAUAAGCUGUCGAAAUGCCGUCCCGAGGAAGGGGUACUCACCGUGCUUGGACCUGACAAAGUUCCCAGAGAUGUCACUUGUGACCUCAUUGUAGGAUGUGAUGGAGCCUAUUCAACAGUCAGAGCCCACCUCAUGAAGAAGCCCCGCUUUGAUUACAGUCAGCAAUAUAUCCCUCAUGGGUACAUGGAGUUGACAAUUCCACCAAAGAAUGGAGAGUAUGCCAUGGAGCCUAAUUAUCUUCAUAUUUGGCCCAGAAAUGCCUUUAUGAUGAUUGCCCUUCCAAACAUGGACAAGUCUUUCACAUGUACCUUGUUCAUGUCCUUUGAAGACUUUGAAAAACUUCCAACAAGUGAUGAUGUGCUGGAUUUCUUCCGCAAGAACUUUCCAGAUGCUAUCCCUCUGAUGGGAGAGCAAGCCCUCGUGAGAAACUUCUUCCUGCUGCCUGCCCAACCCAUGAUAUCAGUGAAGUGUUCUCCCUUCCACCUGAAGUCACACUGUGUGCUCAUGGGAGAUGCAGCUCAUGCCAUCGUCCCAUUUUUUGGGCAAGGAAUGAAUGCGGGCUUUGAAGACUGCUUGGUAUUUGAUGAGCUAAUGGACAAAUUUAAUAACGAUUUUAGUAUGUGCCUUCCUGAAUUCUCAAGAUUUAGGGUUCCGGAUGACCAUGCAAUUUCAGACCUGUCUAUGUACAAUUACAUAGAGAUGCGAGCACAUGUCAACUCUAGGUGGUUCCUGUUUCAAAGGCUCCUAGAUAAAUUUCUUCAUGCUAUUAUGCCAUCUACCUUUAUCCCUCUCUAUACCAUGGUCGCCUUCACCAGAAUAAGAUACCAUGAAGCAGUACUGCGCUGGAAUUGGCAAAAAAAGGUGAUAAAUAAAGGGCUCUUUGCCCUGGGAUCCCUGGUAGCCAUUGGAAGUGCCUACCUGCUUGUGCACCACCUGUCUCCAAGACCGCUGGGAUUCUUGAGAAGGCGGGCAUGGACUGGAACCACUGGCUACUGGAAUAGGUGCACAGAUGUCUUCUGGCAAGUUCCAUGGAGUCACUAGGAGGAACAUCCCCUUUCAUCAACCAGAAAGCUAAGGUUCUGGUGGCAAAUGUUUGACUUCUCUCCAAAAUCAAGGACCAAAAGCAUGUUCCACUGUCACAUUUAAUUCACAACUGGAAAAUAAUUGUCAGCAUAUAAUUAAGUUCCAUGUAGAAUAUCUGUGUAUUUGUCAGCUGGACCAGGGGGGACGUUGUUACUGUUUUUGCAGUGUUUCCAUCACUUUGCAUUCUUGGGCUGGGUCAAUUUUAAUUUAAAAAAUGCAAUAAUCAAGGUCUUUUUCACUUCUCAAAAACAGAUUGGUUUUGUUUUGUUUUCUGUGUAAGGCAUUAUAGGAGCAACAACAUUCAGGACAGAAAACCACAGUUUGCCCAGUGUGCACUUCCUCUUUGUAAGCAGUAGCUGGAGUUUGUCUAACCACAAGUUCAGAGCACUUGCUAAAACCCAGGGUGUGAAUGAGAUGCAGGUGUUCCAAAGAGUUCCAGGAUGAAUCUGUUUUAUCUCCCAGUCUCCAGAUACCAAAGUAUUACCUUUUGAAGAUAAUAAAAGGGUUAUUCAUGUCAUCCUAAGUGAAGAAGAAAGGGUUGUUUAGGAAAUGAAGUACAUAAAAGAGUGAAAAGGAGAUGGGAAGGCUGUCUUGCAGAAGAAUGGAGACACAGUUCAUUCCAUUUCAGACACAUAGAAGUGAUGCCUUGCACUGGUUGUGGUGGCACAUGCUGGUAGGAUUUGCUGAAGGAGGUAGAGGCAGGAGGGUUACGAGUUCGAGGCCAGCCUGAGAAGUGAUGCCUUGAAAAUGUCACGCAGUGACAGUUAACUUUAUCUUCAAAAUGCAGUGGGGAGAUUCUUUCUUUGGUUCUUUAGUAGGCUGACUGGUUAGAAAUUCUUUUCAAACAUUGUUAAUUUUGAAAGCUAUGAUACUAGUUAUGUAGGAAGUUAAGAAGGAGGUAAUAAAAAUGAAACAAUUUGGCAUUU